CUCGCCGCGUAGCCCCAGAGGCGAGCCGCCCGGCGGCGUGUCCGCCCCGCGCCGUAGAUUCUGCGCCGGCGCCGUGAGCUCCGUGCGCGUUGGGUGGUCGAGAUUCCGAGCAGUUUGCUCGCAUCGCAGGCGCAGCGUUGUUGUCGAUUCGGCGAAGGGGGAGGAUCCGGGUAGAGGAGGCGGCAUGGGGAGCGAAGCGAAGGAGAUGAAGUACAGGAGAAGGGCGAGGGUUUCAGGGCCCGUCGAUGACGGGCAGUGCGGCGACCGGAGUGGCGCGCUGGAUUGGGGCGCGCUCAAGGAGAACCCCGUGGAGCUGCUCUUGAAGCUCGACGAGGUACGGGACCACCUCAUCAGGUCCUACGAGAUGGAGGGUCAGCCGCGGGAGCGCCAUCCCAUGAGCCGCCGCGCCGCCUCGCUGCGCCCAUCGCACGCCGAGCCGCCGCCAGGCCGUGGGCCGGAGCACUACCGCUCCCGCUACGCCGGACGGUACGGGUCGGGCUUGCCGCAGAGUCCGAACGAGCAGCUGCGUCGCUCUUUUCAUAGCGACAGGUAUUCAAGGCAGCCGAGUGGGCGGUUCCGGCAAUGGCCGGAGAAGCAGUGGGAGAAUUCUGGGUAUAUUCAGGCGAAUCACCAUAGCACCUGCCAGUGUGCACAGUGCCUUCACGGUCAGAGAUCGCACACUGGGUAUAUGCAGGAGGAGCACAUCCCCAUGGCGAGGUACUUUGCAGGGCAGCAGGGGUCUCACCUGUUCGAGAGGUCACCAUCAAUCUCAUCGGAAUUUGACCGGAGGUCUGUCGCUUCGUCACUGUACUCUCAUCUUUCGGUGUCGAAGAGGAGGACGGAGUAUUUCAGGAAGAAGGCAGAGAGUUUUUGCCGUCCAGCGAGGGGUGCCGCUCCUUUCGUUGUAUGCAGCUCUUGCAAUCGGCUGCUGCAGCUGCCCCCUGGGAAAUGCACGGCUCGGAAGCAGAUUCAAGUUCGCUGUGGUUCGUGCUCGGAGAUCAUUUGUUUCAAACUUAAGGAAGUGAAAGUUCAUCCUUUGGUUUCGCCAACUUCUUUCCCUGCAUCGAAAACAGUGGGGAGUUCGAGUCGUCAGGCUAACCAAAGUUUUGGGUGGUACCAACAUCAGGAUGAAGGGAAUUCUAGUUUCCAUAGACUGCAAGCACAUGAAAGAUGGCAGCAGAACAAGGAUCUCGCAGACAACAUUCCUGUGUCUUCUACUUCUAGUUAUGAUAGAACAGACAAAGAGCGUGGAUCGAACAGGAACAGUCAGUUACUAUCGGUAUCUGUUAGAAGGUCAAGACUUGCAGAUAGCCCAAAAGAUAUACUAUGUCAAGGAGAUGCAUACAGUCAAGUGGAAUUUUCAGCAAUUAGUACAGUCAGUCCACAGGCCCCAGUUAUAGAGGACAAAUGUGUCGAUCCAUUUUCCAGCCGUCAAAAAGAUUGUAGUGACAAUUGCACAAGCAAGGACUGUAGCCUAAACAGCAUGGCAAGUUCUGUUGAUGCUAAUGUUAGGAAUGAAAGGUUGGGCGUGAAAUAUGAGCAGAACAGCAAAGAUCAUAAAGAAGGAUUUGGAGAAGAAACUGUCAAUGGAAGAAACAGGCAAAAACACAGAGAAAAUACAAGUGGAUUUUGUGAUGAUGGAAGCGUGGGUAACACAAACAAGCUGUGGGCUGAUACUGAUAAUGAUAAUACCUGCAGCCUUGAAGAUGGAGACGUGGGCAAAAAGUAUGAAGAAAAAAGCAAACAAGAUGACAACAGCUUUCAAGCAGAAUGCAUUACUGAGCGGUAUAGCAAAUGCAGCAAAGAAGAUAUUAAUAAUGCCAUUCGAGUUGAAACCAUAGCUACACUAAGCAAACAAGAUGACUUAGAUGAUUGUUACAGCGAAUUGCUCUCCCCAAAUUCUGAACAUGCCGUAGUGUCAUCCAAGAUUGAGUCAUCAGUUAAUGAGCGCACAAAUUCAAGUUCUCGUGUUUCUUCUGAGGCUGAGCUAGAUGAAGUUCAGUCUGCAGCUGUUAAGAAUGGGGAUUCAAAAUAUAUUGCUGGCUUUUUGAAGAAAGGUUUGAAGGACCUCUCUUUGUUCAGUCAAUCAGUGGACAGUGCUAAGGUUUUAAUCAAUGGUCAUCCAAUCUCCGAACGUGCCCUACGGAAGGCCGAGAAGAAGUCUGGUCCAGUUGGCCCUGGUUCAUAUUGGUAUGACUACCGUGCUGGAUUUUGGGGUAUCAUGGGACAUGAGUGCAGUGGCAUCAUCCCUCCAUUUAUAAAGGAAUUUAAUUAUGCAAUGCCGAAAAAUUGUGCCGGUGGGAACACAGGAGUUUUUGUCAAUGGUAGAGAACUUCAUCAGAAAGAUUUUGAAUUGCUCGCAGGAAGAGGCCUCCCACGGAUAUCUGGAAAAUCAUACUCUGUUGAAAUAUCUGGAAAUGUGAUUGAUGAUGCAACUGGCAAGAAAUUACGAAAGCUUGGAAAGCUUGCUCCUACAGUUGAGAAGUUGAAGCGUGGAUUUGGCAUGCACAUGCCUGAAGAGACAAGUUAGCUCUCUGGCUCUGCUGCUCUUUCUUUGCUUUGCAAAGAUUCAUUUCCACGGAAAACCUGUCAGCGGAGUUGAAUUGGACUGUGGCAUGGAAGAAGCCUUUAGAUCGUACUUCUUGAAGCUUGAAUGUGCGGCGGCAGCAAUACACGAGAAACUAGUUUUUUUAAUAUAUAUUUACUACUCUUACUCAACUCAUUCGAUGUUGACAUAUUGUUGAAGAAAUUCCAUUACUUCAUUCGAAGCAUUCUUUAGGUAUAAUCAUGCGAGCAGCUCUAAGUUCCUCGUGUGUCUGUAUAUGUUGUUUCUUUUCCCUGCAUAUGUUACUGAUACAGAGUAUAGAUAGCAUUCUGGACCUGUAUCGUUAUGGGCUUGUAACAUAUACACUAUGCCAGUGUCCCUUUACAUUAUAUUCCACAUGUAUGUAAAGUUGUAAAUAUUUACUGUUGACCACCUCGAGCUGGGUGGCUGAUGUGAAUGAUUGAUGAUUUGGGCUUGGGAUUUCAUUCAUGAAGGCAUU